AUGGGUGAUAAUUUUGAUGACCCCGAAGACCUCGAUGCGUCGGACCAGCCUUCUCCUAUUGUAUCCGAUGCUGAUGACGAACCAAACCAUAAAUUGGGUGAUAAAUUAGUGCUGAUUAAGACUAAGCAUGGUCACAUUAUCAAUGAAAUCAUUCGUACUUAUGGGCAGCCCGAGACAGAACGUUUGAAGUGCAUACUGGGCGAGUAUCUUCGUGGAGAUUCAUAUCUUUAUAUCAGUCUCUGCCCUAUUAAUGGUGAUAUUCAAAACGCCUUCGCCUGCAUUGAAGGACCUAAUCUGACCCCGUAUGAAGGAGGUAUCUUCUGGCUGCACGUUUAUUUUCCGGUGAAUUAUCCCAGUCACCCACCCAAAAUGCGUUUCUUAACACCAAUUUGUCACCCAGACAUCAAUGAAAAUGGGGAGUUCUACCAUAAAGAGCUUUCGUUAGAAGAAGAUGGAUACGUUCCUCCUAUCUUCACACGAGACAUUCUCUGGUCGGUAUUUGAGAUGCUUGACCAGCCUGAUUUUAAGGAAUUUAUAUUUGAAAACAGUUAUAUUUCUGAGUUUGAUGAGUUCUUGCAAAAGGCAGAGCUUUACACUCAGAAAUAUGCGAUGGCUAAAGAGCCAGAUGAGACAAAACUGGUGAAAGAUUGGCUAGAACAUUUCGAUCAACAGACCGGGGCUGUCCAAAGAUCCGACACUCAAGAAACGGAUGAUGAUGCACCCGCAGAUGCUACUGUUGAAACAUGCCGGGUCGCUCUCAUCAAGUGGCGGCAGCAGAUAUGGGAAACGCGCAAAAAGAAUCAAUUCAAGGAUAUUGAAUCCAUCAUACCAGACUCUGCCAUCAUUACCAUAUCUAAUAAUCUGGAUAGAAUGUUUGCCGCGGAGAUCCUACUUGAGCAAUUAGACUUGGAAGAAUGGGAUGCACGCACGCAGUUUCUAGAAGACUGGUCUGAUUCUUCUAUUCGGAAGUUGUUGAAGGAUGUAUGCGAUCACUGCAUAGAAGCUGUUGUUCAGCAGUUGGAGAAGGAAAAAGAGGACGCCAUGCGAGCUACUAUGAUAGAUAAGCAUGAGCAAACCUGGAAUCCAAUGUGGUUCAGAGGAUGA